CUGCGGAUCAGCAUACAACCGAUUAACAUGUUGAAAUUCGCGGUACUCCUUUCCGUUUUGGCCUGCGCCUUGGCCGGCACCGUUCCCGAGGGCCUGUUGCCCCAGUUGGAUGGCCGCAUCGUCGGAGGCUAUGAGACCAGCAUCGAGGCCCAUCCCUACCAGGUGUCCCUGCAGCGCGGUGGAUCCCACUUCUGCGGUGGCUCCAUCUACUCCCACGACAUCGUGAUCACCGCCGCCCACUGCCUGCAGUCGAUCGAUGCCAGGGACCUGAAGGUUCGCGUGGGCAGCACCUACUGGCGUUCCGGCGGCAGUGUCCACUCCGUCCGUGCUUUCCGCAACCACGAGGGAUACAAUGCCCGCACCAUGGUCAACGACAUCGCCAUCAUCCGCAUCGAGUCGGACCUGAGCUUCCGCUCCAGCAUCCGCGAGAUCCGCAUCGCCGACUCCAAUCCCCGCGAGGGCGCCACCGCCGUGGUUUCCGGAUGGGGCACCACCGAGUCCGGCGGCAGCACCAUUCCCGACCACCUGCUGGCCGUCGACCUGAAGAUCGUCGACGUGUCGCGUUGCCGCUCCAGCGAGUUCGGCUACGGCAGCAAGAUCAAGGACAGCAUGAUCUGCGCCUACGCCGCCCACAAGGACGCCUGCCAGGGUGACUCCGGCGGCCCCCUCGUCUCCGGCGAUCGCCUGGUCGGUGUGGUCUCCUGGGGCUACGGAUGCGGCGAUGUGAGGUACCCCGGCGUCUACGCCGACGUUGCCCACUUCCACGAGUGGAUCGAGAGGACCGCCGAGGAGCUGUAAAGUCAGACAAACACUUGAAAUAAAGAAUCGCAAUUGAAUCAA